AUGGCUCACUCAGCUGUUCUUGCUUUCGACCUCUACGGUACUCUGCUAUCGACCGAGUCCAUCUCCAAGAGAUUGUCCGAAAUCAUUGGCUCACAGGAGGAAGGCACGCAGAUUGCCGCAUCAUGGAGGAAGUACCAGCUGGAAUAUUCAUGGAGGUUGACCUGUAUGGGACAUUACGAUAACUUCUUCAACAUCACCCGCAACGCAUUGAGACAUGCGCUGUCCGAGGCGGGUGUCCAAUUAGAUGAGGAACAAGUCAAGCAGCUAAUGGACGAAUACGACCGUCUAUCUACGUUCCCAGACGUAAUAGCAGCUUUGCAAAACCUACACUCUAGGCCAGACAUUAAAUCCGUCAUAUUCUCCAAUGGCACCGAAGAGAUGGUCUCAAACUCCGUACUACGCUCCAAAAGUCUUUCGCCUCACGCAGAGCUCUUCGCGGAUUUGGUUACGGUAGACGCCGUUCAAAAAUUCAAGCCGGCGCCGGAGGUCUACGAACACCUGGCGGCGAGUACGAAAACAAAAAUGGAGAAUAUAUGGCUCAUUACUGCGAACCCAUUCGAUGUCGUUGGCGCUACGAAAUGCGGCAUCAAGGCUGCUUGGCUCGAUCGCAACGGCAGGGGGUGGGAGGAUGCUGCAGCACCGGCGCUGAGACCACGAGUUAUUGGGAAGAGUCUGGAUGAGGUUAUCAAGACGAUCUUGAGCGAUCUUGGCAAGUAG